UGCUAUGCCCAAAACACCAAAGACACGAAAAGAAAUCAAUCUCAAAUAUAGACAAAAAAAAAAAGCCGAAUAUGAGACUCUUGAAAAUCAAAUACAACUUCUUAAAAAUGAAAAAUUACGAUACGAAGAAGAAAAUAAACAAAGGACAUAUGACCUGCAAAGUUCUAUUGAUAGACUGCAGGGUAAAGUAGAGCUCCUUCAGGAGCAAAAUAAAGAGCAGAAAGCAGAAUUUGAAAUGCAAAUUAGAAAUAUCUGCGAAAAGCAUGCAACAGAGAUCAAAAAUCUCAAACAAAAACACUUGACAGAUAUAAAAGAUCUCCGCGAACAAUAUGAAGUGGAAUUGAUCUAUGAAGAAAACCAAAUUUACCUUGGCAAUUUUGGACAAGCAAACCCUACGCAACUUUUAUCCUUUAAUGAGGGAUAUCUGCAAACUUUCACAAAUUACCAUAAUACCGACGUAACUCGGUUAAAUUUGGGUUUAAAGUUUUUAGACUUGGAUUUUAAUAAGGGUUUAGUAGUU